CAUACUAAACACCCGUAUAAACAACACCACAACAGAAGCCACCGCGCCUCAAAUAUCGCCGUCAACUCUUCUCUCCUCCAAAUCAUCAUCAGAAUCACCACUUUUCACCCCAAAUCCCCCGCUCUACGACCUCCUCGGCGCUGCUCUGCAAAUGCCGUCGUUUCUGCGUGCUCACUCGACGCGCGCUCAGCCGUCGGUGCCUCCGCAGCUGCCGGUCCCGCCCGCGUUUCUGCCGAUCGAGGCCCCGUCGCAGGUCAACAGCAACAGCAACAGCAGCAGCAGCAUUCAGCAUGUAAAUACAAACACAAACACAAACAAACAAACGACGCUCAGCAGGACCUCUUCACGCGUCUCCUCUUCCUCCGCCGUCUCCUCGCUCUCCGCAUCGCCCUGUCCGCCGCCUGCGCCCUUCGCAUCCGCAUCUGCAUCGCCUUCCGCAUCCGCAUCUCCUUCCGCAUCCUCACCCUCCAACCACCCCCCUCCCCAACCACAGCCUCCGUCCUCAGCCAUCCUCCACUCCGGCGAGGUCAUCGCCUCCGCCGGCCUCCUCCGCGGCAAGAAGCGCGACUUCAUCGUCCUCACCCGCUCAGAGAUCCUCAGGUUCAAGUCCCGCGCCAAAGCUGCCGACGUCUUCCCUGCUCUCUUCCCCGUCCGCCGGAACCCGUCCUCCGCCUCCAUCGCCUCUUCCCUUGCCUCGGGCUCCCAGCACACCGCUGACUCCCUCCCCGAGUCCACCAUCUGCACUCUCGAGAGAAUCACGGCCCUCUUCGAGCUCGGCCCCCUGCAAAUCGAGCUCGCCUACGUCGACGACGCCGCCUUCCCGCGCUCCUUCAUCCUCCAGCUCCAGACCCGCGCCGAAGCAGAGACAUGGAUGCAGAAACUCUACUCCGCAAUCCCCAAAAUCACCCUCGCCCACUCCCUCCCCCAGUCGACCCAGGAAAGCCUAAAGACCUACCUGCGCACCCGGAACGACUUCUACGAGCCCACUUUCCGCGCCUUUCGCGUCGUCGUCCAGCAGACCGUGCCCGCAAAGCACUCCUCCACAAAAAUACCCUCCUCCUCCGACGACCUCACCAAACUCGCAAACCAAAACGCUCACGCCUUCCUCGUCGUCGGCCACUACGCCCUCCAUCUCUUUGCCGUCGACUCAAAGCCCCCCAGCACAAUCUCAAACGCCCACGGUCUCCCCCCUCAAAUCACUCCCCUCUCCUCCCACGGCAUCGUCUCUCUCGUCCAUCUCGCCAUGUCCCCCCGCGACUCGACCCUCUACCUCUCCUUCCGCGCCCCGCUCUCCCCUAUCCGAUCCCUCGAGCUCGCUUCAUGCGCCGCAAAGGACAUCAUCCAGACCGUGCGCUCCUGCAUCGAGCACCUGCGACCGUGCUGGUCCGAGUACCCUCUCACCAUGGACGUGCCCGAAUACGUCCAGGACGAGCCUCUAGUUCCCAUCCCCUACACCCCCUCGACCGAAGACGACCCUAAUUACGGCUACAACGGAUUCAACAUGACCUUAGCUGCCUACUGUGUCGCCUUUGGCAUUCCUUCUGCUAGAAGCAAUAUAGCCUUUGAGAUCAUCUGGGACGAGGACAAUGGACUCAUCUUCAAGCUCCUGCCUCCCCGCCACAGCAAGACCACUACAAACUACAACGGAGGCGCAGGCGUCGCGGCGCCAGAGUACAGCAUCCUCGAGGUUCUCGCCGUCAUGCGGGCCCUGCGCUGGAACGAGGCGUUUGGCGGCAUCUCAUUCUCCGGCGUCUCGCUCUCGCGACUCGUCGACGUCUACGACCACUACGCCUCCAUCGAGCUCGACCAGACCCGGACCGCCACCGGCAGACGCAUCUCGAAAUUCAUGAAGGGCUUACCCAUCCUCAAGCUCGAGCUGCAGCUGCUCAUGCUCUGCUCUACUGCCCUUCGCAUGCUCGAUCUCAACGGCUGCCUGCGCCCGACCACCGCGGCAGCCGCCUACGCGGCCGCGAGCAUCGCGCCUGGAGCCGAGCACGGCUGCGGAGCUAUAGACGCGCUCAUGCAGGUCGCCAAGCGCGCGACCUCGAACGUUGACUCGUUUGUGUUUUCAAACAUCCAGAUCGACCUCUACGACUUUGACUACCUCGUCGACGUAUCCUCCACGCGCGCGGCGCAUCUGCGCAACGUCGAGAUAGCCCACUGCGGGCUUUACGAGCGCGAGAUCUCGCUUCUCCUGCAGGCGCUUGAAGUGCACGAAAAUACGCUCGAGGGACUUGAUAUUUCUGAAAACCCGGGCCGCGUGUCGGUAUACUCGCUCAACGAGAGCCUUUAUAGAUUCCAGUACAUGCGGAAUCUGUACAUGCGCAAGCUGCUCAUCACCUCUGAGGACCUCCCCCUGCUCUCGUUUGACACGCUCGCCAACAUGCGCCUGAAGCGGCUCGUACUUGACGGCACUCGUCUGCGACCGGUCUCGGUCGACCAUCUGUGCACGUACCUCGAGUCAUCGACCGCGUGCUCGCUCGUCCAGUUCUCGAUCCAAUCCUGCCUCGUGACCGGCCGCGACGUCGGCGCGAUGCUUUCCGCCAUCGGCCGCUCGCGCUCGACGCCCCAUCCGGAUCUGACGGUGUACAUCGGCGACAACCCGAUCUGCCAGACCGGUUUUGACGUGUUCCUGACGGCGCUAACGAGCCUGGGCGGGAAGUUGAAGCGGAUUUCGAUGCCGCGGCUCGAGUUCUCGCAGGAUAGCAUGCUGUGCUCGUUUUUCCUUGUGCUGGCGGACCCGCGGUGUCAGCUCACGCACCUCGACCUGUCGCUCUUGCUGAUUCCGGACGCGGACGCGUCGGCAGAGGCGUGCGAUUUGCUGGGCGAGGUGUUUGCGCAUAACAGCACGCUGCGAUCGCUGAACCUGACUGGCGAGACGUCGAAGCUGCAGGUUGCGCGGGUAGGCCACGGGAUCGGGCGCGCGCUGGGCCGGUUGGCGGAGAACGACACGCUGCGGGAGUUAUUCCUCGAAGGCAACGAGAUCUCUGUCGACGGCGCGAUGGUGCUUGCGAAAGCGCUGACGACGAACCGCGCGCUGCGACGGAUCCAUCUGGAUGACAACGACGUCAAUCUGCAGGGCUUCACGGCGAUCGUCAACUCGAUCGUCGACUCGGGCAACACCGUGAUCAGGUACGUGAGCCGGCCGUGGCGGGACCAGGAGCGGCAGCUCAAGAACCUGCGCGAGCUGUGCGCGCGGCUCGAUUCCGAGAUCUCGGUGCUGCGGCAGCAGAAACGGCCGCAGUCGUCUGACUCGUCGCCGCGGUCGUCUGCCUCUGCGCACAAGCACUCGCGGUCGAGCAGCACGAACGGAAGCGGCAAGUCUGUGCCGCUGAGCGGCGGGAGUGCUGUCUCGCCGUCGAUGGCGGCGGCGUUUAGUAGUCCUGAUAUCACGCUGAAGCUGGAGGCGAAGGUUAAAGCGACGGAGACGAUUCGCGUGCUGGAGCACGAGUGGAAGAAAGUGUAUGAUCGGCUGGACGGGUACCUCAGCCGGACGCGAUCUACAACUUCUUCUUCUUCCUCGUCGUCGUUGUCGUUGGUCUCUGCGUCUGGCGCGUUGGGCGGGAAACGCCAGUCAUUCGGUUCGUUACCCGCCGGAACGCGAGCGUCGUUCGGCAGCACGAUCGUGCCUGACGACGAGGAAGACGAGGAGGAGGAGAAGGUUAGGAAGGCGUGGGAGAGGCUGAAAGGCGCGGGAAGGCCGGGGCGGAAGGUUAGUGCGGGCGGGAGGGUUGUCAAGUGAGUAGUAGUCGUUGACUAGUCGUCUGUAUAUGUAUAUUUGUCGCCGCUCUGCAAGAAGAUAUUUGUGUGUGUGUUGGGAUGUAUCACGGGAGUAAAUUGGGCGUCUUUUGUCUGUGUUUUUGCUAGUUUAGUACCAUAGUUUGUUGAUGCAAUCAUCUGUGUUGGUUGUUUAAUAUCUUGAAUAUAUAGCGUAUAAAUGUACAUUGUCUACUAUA